UUCUGAACGUGUAAUUAAAUUUCAAUUAUUGAAAUACCUGAUAACCACUUACUGAUAAAUCGAUUUAUAGUUGUCACAGUACUGAUAAGUAAUUCCUUGUAUUCCCCGGUGUUUGCUAGUCACGAUGAGUCAAUAGAGAAUUGUCAUAUGAUAAUAGUUAUCACUUUCGUUUUUUAAAGUAAUUCGGAAUUUCAAACAAUGUCAUUAGUUGCAGAAUAUGCUGUUCAAAUGAAAUGUCAUUCCUGUGUGGAGAAAAUAAAGGCUUCCUUAAAGGAUGUAGAAGGUAUAACAGGUGUGGAAGUCUCUUAUGACAAGGGUACAGUUCUUGUGGAAUCUAGCUUGCCUUCUUCUGUCAUUCAACAAAUAUUGGAGUCAAAUGGAAAUACUGCAGUAUUAAAGGGUUACGGAGGCAAAUUAGUUAAAAGUAGAGACAGAGGAGACAAUGUAACAACUGCUGCUGUAGCCAUGUUGGGUUAUCCAAUUGGAUAUAGUAAAAACUUGAUCAAGGGAGUUGUUCGAUUUGUUCAAGCAGAUGAUGAUGUAUGUGUUAUUGAUGGUACCAUUGAUGGGUUGACAACAGGAUACCAUGGUCUUCAUAUUCAUGAAUGUGGGGAUAUUUCACAAGGUUGUGACAGUGUUGGUGACCAUUUUGACUUGAGUGGAGGAUGUCAUGGUGGUCCUCAGGAUGAACCUGGAAAGAGGCAUACUGGUGACCUUGGCAAUAUUGAAGCCGAUGAAACUGGCCGUGCUGUUUUUAGGCUUGAAGACGGACAGGUCAAAGUAUGGGAUAUAAUUGGCAGGAGUAUUGUAGUCACAUCUAAUGAAGAUGAUUACGGAAGAGGUUUUUCAAAACUAUCAUCGAUCAAUGGUUCUUCUGGUGAAAGGCUGGCUUGUGGUAUUAUUUCGAGAUCUGCUGGGUUAUUUGAAAACGCUAAGCAAAUUUGUGCCUGUGAUGGAGUAACAAUAUGGGAUGAAAGAAAUCGCCCUCUUGCAGGCCCUGGUCGAAGACAGCCUCCUCAAUCAUCUCUUUAGAAUAUUAAGCAUUUUUCAACAAGUGACAUUCCAUGUUUAAAAGUUCUUAGAACUGCUUUUUGCCAAAAUUAUCUGUAAAUAUUAAUAACAUAGUUACUAUUUAUUUUUACAUUAUAAAUCAAUAAAAUCUCAUACCAUCACGUCUCACUUAUAGUUAUAGUUUUACCUUAAAAUUUGUACUCAAAACUACCAGAUAAUAAUGAAUUAAAUUAUCAAGAAGUGCCAUACU